AUGGGAACUUGCUAAGGUACUAAAAAAACACAAUAAAACAAAGUUAAUCUUGAAAUUCAAAUCCCCAAUAAAAAUAAUCUUGAUCUAUCAAAACAAACAUCUAAUUCUUAACCAAAAAGUGCUUGCUUAGAGAAAAAGAAACCUUAGAGUUCUUAAAGGCAAUCUUUAAGAAAUCAACAAUUUCAAUUUAAUAGUGCAUCUAGUGAUUGUGUUUUAAAGGGUAGGCUUUCAACUCCAAUGGUUGAUUUAAAAAAUAUAGAAUAAGAUUAAGUAAGAACAAGUAAACAUAAAACAACAUUUAAAAUGAAUGCUACUGUAAAGAAAGUAGCAUUCUCUAAAUUUUAUUCAAUUCAAUAAAGCAAGAAAAGUAGCUUCUCAAGAAUCCCUGGAGGUAGCAUACUAGUUCAACAUAAUAUGACAGGUAAAUUGCAUUAUGCUGAUAUUUUGGAAAACACUAAAGAGACUAAAAUUUAUAUUGAUGAGCUGCUGAAAUGUUAAUUGGUAUAGUAUUAUAGAAUAUAUACUUAGUUACAUCCAAAUAUUACAAAUGUUAUAGAAAUUUUGGAGGACAAAUCUUAAUACAUAAUUAUUAAAGAAUGUGCUUAAGGAGUUCCUAUUACAUAUUCUGAACCUGUUGAAAAAUAACCAUUUAUUUUAAAAUAAAUAAUAGAAAUAGUAUCCUAUUUGCAUAGUAAAAAUUUGACACAUGGAGCAUUAUGGCUUGGUGCUUUUGAAAGAAAUAAUGAUUUAGUUAAAUUAGUUGAUAUUUAGAGUAUUUUUAUAAGACAUGACCCUACUAAUCAUGAUGCUGAAUAUUACGCUCCUGAAUGUACACUAGAUUAUACUAUAUAUAAUAAAGAAAGAGAUAUUUGGGCAGUUGGAAUGAUAGCACAUAAUCUUUUGUUUGGUAGAUAUUUUAAAACAACAAAUGCUUCAGAUAUCAUUAAAGAAAUAGAAUAGGUUAGGAUAAAAAAGCAUUUACAUAUUGAUAAUUCUGCUGCUAAAGAAUUUUUAGAAAAGUUUUUACAUAUUACUCCUGAAAAAAGAAUAAAUCUUUCAGAAGCAUUAAAAGAUCAAUUUUUACCAAAAACUUAUGAAAUAUAAGAAUUCGAUAAAAUAUUGGAAAGAAAUAAAAAUUUAAAACAAAUAAGUGUUUUGCAAUAAUGUUUAUUAUUGUUAUUUAUCAAUUAAUUUGAAGAAUAAAAAAUAAGUUUAUAAAAAGUGUUUUAGAAUCUUGAUGUAGAUUAUGAUGGAAAGAUUACAAGAAAUGAAUGUUUAGCUUAAUAUCCUGAUAAAGAGGAGUAGAUUAAUUCUCUUUUUGAUUUACUUUCUCUUAAAAAUAAGAUGGAUUUUUAAGAGUUUUUGGUUAUUUCAGUUGAUCGUACUUAGUUAUUAACAUCUGAAAAUAUUGAAAUUAUUUUCAAUCUAUACGCAACAGUUAAAAAGUACUUGCUUUAAUCAACUUUAGUAAAUAUAUAUAAGUCACGAGAAAAUGAAUUAUAAGAAGCAUUUAAUUAAUAUGAUCAUCCUCAUGUAAUGUUUUAAAUUAUAAAUUAGUUAAAUUUUAAAACUUUCGAAACUCUUUUAACAGAUUUAUUAUGA